AUGCAGACGCGCUGCAUUCCGGACAAGGGUGACGAGGUGACGACCCACAAAGAGGCUGCGGAAGUCCGCAGAAGUCCGCAGAAGUCUGCAGAUGUCUGCAGAUUUCCACACAUGUCCACACAUGUCUACAGAUGUCCGCAGAAAUUCGCUAACUGCGCUUGCUAUUCUGGCGACCUAGUAAACUUUCCCGACAUCGAAUCAACCAUGGUGAAAGCAGUAGAUGAAGUCUUGCACCAACUCGAGACCAAAUCUCGUUUGAUAGUGGAGGCAGGGAGAUUUGAUACACAGCAGAACGAUCGCAUUAUCGAAGCUCUUCAACUCUUGGCACAUGACGGGCCCAAUGUGGGAUCCCCGGCCUACAGGAAGAAAACGGUCUACACACAAUUUCUGAAGCUGGUCCAUGAGGCUGUUGGAACAAAUGGCGUGAUACUUUGUGCGGCUGGGCUAGGGGCCACCUACAUCGAGGCGAUGGGGAAACAGGCUCGUAGCGCCGUUCCGGGUAGACUGCAAGUCAAGCUGUCCCAAGAGUUCAUUCAAGUCGCGUCGAAACAUCAAGCCUUGAAAGACAGCCCGAUAGUCACAUUGGACCAGCAGACUGUCUCUGUGGACGGAAGACAGCCGCCCCCGACGCUGUACCUUGACCCAUUGGACAGUUUGAGGUCCUACCAGGAAUAUCGGCCGCUCUUUUGGGAUGACGUGCAGAUGUGUUUGGAAAAUCGCGCAGAGGGAAUGCCAAUGUUGUUCUCUAAUUAUUCGGGUAUCCCGGCAUAUGUGGCAUUUCCUAUCAGCUGGAAGGCUGAGAUGCACCUUCUCGCAAGAAAUCAUUGA